AUGAGACGCGUGCCUAUUCUAUCAUUAUCAAGUUCAUACAGAGCGCGUUUCGGUUAUUUCAAAGGAGAUUUUUGUAUUGGAAAGGGGUUUAAGCAUUAUAGCGAUGUAGCUUGUAAGAUUCAACAGUCAGUUGAGGGCCUCACGUGUGAAGGUACAAGACAACAAUCGCAAUCAACCUUACGCCCGUAUCAACAGGAAUGCAUCGAAACUUGCCUACGCAAAUUUCUAGAAGACAAGGUAAAGCGUCAGAUCGUAUCUUUACCUGUAGGAAGUGGGAAAACGGUUAUCUUUUCAAAUUUAAUCCGAAACAUUCCCCCACCCUAUCCAGGCGCAGAUAAAGUUCUCGUACUAGCUCACAGAGAAGAACUCCUUGAUCAAGCGUAUAGGCAAAUUAGUAAAUUCUCACCAGAUUUGACAUUGGAAAUAGAUCAAGGGGAAAGGAAUGCAAUAGGAAAUGCCAAUGUUAUUAUCGGAAGUGUGCAGACACUAGGAAGGACAGAUUCAGAUCGCAUCAAAAAAUAUGAUCCAUCCAAUUUCAAAGCUAUUAUCAUCGAUGAGGCCCAUCACGCUCCAGCGAAUACUUAUCGUAGAAUAUUAGAAUACUUUGGCGCAACCAAUAAAGAUACUCACAUGUUUAUAUGGGGGUGUUCGGCAACGGUUCGGAGGAACGAUGGAGUUGCGUUGGGAGAGAUUUUCGAUGAAAUAUCCUACCACAGGGACUUUUUGGAUAUGAUAAAUGAAAAAUGGCUAUGCAAUCUUCGAGUGACGACUGUUAAAACCGAUUUUGACUUGUCCAACGUCAAAAGUAACAAUGCAGACUUUAUAGAAAGCGAUCUUUCUAAAUAUGUCAAUGUGCGACCACGCAAUGAAAUGAUUGCACGCACAUAUCUCGCACUGGCAGAAAGUAGAAAAUCGACUCUUGUGUUUGGCGUGGACAUUAAGCAUGUGGAAGCUCUCAAGGAGACGUUCCAGGAAUUUGGCAUCACGGCUUCCUCCAUAACAAGUAAAACUAAGAAACAUUUACGUUCAGAAAUAUUGAAUGACUUUAAAUCAAUGAAGUUUCCAGUUUUGGUUAAUUGUGGGAUUUUCACAGAAGGAGCAGAUAUACCUAAUAUUGAUUGUAUUAUCAUGAGUCGUCCAACGAAAUCGCCGGUGCUCUUUCAACAAAUGAUCGGACGUGGAAUGCGCCUUGCUGAAGGAAAAGAAGAUUGCUUGGUUUUGGAUUUUAUUGAUUCAUAUGUCCAUUUUCCGGAUUUAGUUACUGUUCCAUCUUUACUAGGACUGAAAUCUGACACCGAGAUGAAAGAUCAGGAUAUACAAAGAAUUCCGAGUGAGCCGAGUGAGCCGAAGCUAGAGCUUCAAUAUGAAUUUCCGAACAUAGAAAAAAUUAAAAUUACCGAAUAUGACAAUCCCGUUGAACUUAUUGAAGCUUGUUCUGGUGCCUUAAACAUCAGAAGAAUAUCUAGAUUUUCAUGGAUUAAGAUAGGAGAUGAUUCUUAUGUAUUACCGUUGCUUUACGUCGGGAAUUUAAGAGUGGAAAAAGAAAAUGACGGACUAUAUCGCGUUAGAUUGCGUAAGCGAGAAAUCAAAAUGAUAAAAAACAAGCCAAUUCCUAUGACUUUUUUCGUCAGCUUACCAAUUACGCAUGACUCGCUAGAGUCUGUUAUACGUUCAUGUGAUCAUUGGGUAGAAAGACAGGAUAAAAAUGUCGUUUCACCAGCAUUGUGGCACGCUAAAUGGCGAAAAGAGCAAAUAACAGAUCGACAGAUGAAGUUUUUAAAGAAAAAAAUAUCACUGGACGAUCAGGUAUUAAAGAAGCUGAAUAGAGGUCAAGCAGCAAAUUUGAUGGCAAAAAUGAUAGAAGGUGCGGAUAAAAAUCGGAAGAAAUCAUUCGAGAAAGAAGCUGAAAAAUAA